ACGGGCACUAGAUGGCGCCUGGGGUCAAGUAAGGAAAGAAGUCAACUGGGCUAUUCUGACAAAACAUGAUGGCGGACGAGAAACAAAUGAGUGCCUUGUAUCGAAGGCACGAGCAAUUAAAGCGCUGGAAAAAUUCGGAUACUAAUUUGGAGCCAGGAUCACCUAAGAGAGAGAACAAAAAAGUCAAAUUUCAAGAUGGCUGUGUAUUUUUAGCUGCCUGUUCAAGUGGGGACAGGGAAGAAGUGAAAAAACUUCUGGAACGAGGAGCAGACAUCAACACAGCAAAUGUCGAUGGACUGACUGCCUUACACCAGGCCUGUAUAGAUGACAAUCUUGAAAUGGUGGAGUUCCUGGUGGAGAUGGAAGCUGAUGUGGACGUCUGUGAUAACGAGGGCUGGACCCCUCUCCAUGCCACUGCCUCCUGUGCAUUCACAGAAAUUGCCAGAUAUUUAAUCAACCAUGGGGCAAAUGUGGCUGCAGUCAACAAUGAUGGUGACCUACCUGUUGAUAUUGCAGAGAAUGAUGAAAUGGAAAAUCUAUUAGCAGAAGAAAUGAAAAAACAAGGUAUCGACGCAGACUCAGCGCGGCGCGAGGAGGAGGAGUGCAUGCUGGAGGACGCCAACCAGCUGCUGCGGGACCAGACGAAGGAGGACGUGAGGCAUCCAAAGACCGGAGCCACCGCUCUGCAUGUGGCCGCUGCCAAAGGCUACUUGAAAGUCAUGAAUGUUCUCUUGGAAGCUGGUGUAGAUGUAAAUGCUGAAGAUUUGGACGGGUGGACGUCUCUACACGCUGCUGCCCACUGGGGACAGGAUGAAGCCUGUAAAAUACUAGUAGAGAACAUGUGUGAUAUGAACCAUAAGAACAACGCAGGUCUUACUGCUUUCGACUUAGCAGAAAAAGACAUGCUUAAACUUCUAGAGGAAAUGAAAGAGAAACAAGCCACACUCAGAACGAAACAUGAAAUUGACACGGAUAUUAUAAUGCACUCAGGGCCAGGACAGAGGCGAAGGAGCUCUGUGACGCGUAUGUCCGGGGAUCAGAAGCAGAACGUUAUACACCGUAACACAGAGGAAGAACGGGCAGCCCUGGUCGCCCAUCACCCCAGCAAGAACACAGAGGAGAAGCUUCACAACAACCUUGCUGGCACGGCUGAGACGAUAUCAGAAGAAAACGAGACAGAACGUAAAAACGAGAAGAACAAACUAGUGUCUCAACAGCCACAGCCACCCUCGCCGGCCGCCACAAUCACCACCUCCAUCACCUCCACCACCUCAUCCUCGUGGUCCCGCCCGUCCAGCAUCGCCUCGUCGGCGCCCACCGCAGAGCUACGACGACCAGAUAUGCCAAAAAUAGACGAGCUCUCAGAGCUCGAGCGUCCGUCAUCAGUGCCCGUCUCGUUGCCGGCGGCGACAGUCACCACCACCACCCCAGCAGCAGAGCCCCCUGCGCCCAGUAGCACCACCGCAUUGUCCCCACCCUCCUCUUCCACCUCCACCUCCUCCUCCUCCACCACCUCCUCUUCCUCCUCGUCCCAGCCCUCCUCCAGCAGUAUUGACACAUCUGUUCUAUCGCCCAAGCCUAGUGUGUCUAUUUCGAGCUCUGACAAAGCUGCAGAUCUAAAUAAUGACUCAUCCGUACAAGCCUCUGUUGGCCAGUCCAGCAGCCCUGUCAGCUCCGCUAGAGACCUGGUGUCUCGCUCUAUUAGCGUCCCUGCACGUCUGCCUACCCAGAAGGGUGCAUCUUCCUCGCUUUCGUCAACCUCCUCAACAACAACAUCAACAACAACUCCCUCCAGCCCGUCUGCGACCAGUGCCAACGAGCUCUCGGUGCCCUCGUGGCGCCAGGGCUUGCGGAAGACAGGCAGCUCCUCUAUGGUCCAUGACUGGAUGGCAGAAAGUGACAGUAACUCCCUGCCGCGGUCGGCCUCCAGCCCCCGGCUGGUGCACGACUCUAGAUUAGAUGCUCUCCAAGAGCGACUGGCUGCACGCCGCCCGCUGUCCAGCACGGGCUCCACGACUUCAGCAACUACAACAGGCACACCCACCUCCAGCACAGAGACAGACUCACGCCCCGGAGACAGAAACAGUUUCACGUUCGGACAGAGUUACCUAGGAUAUAGGAGCAACUAUGGAAGCAGGUCGGGCAACUACGUGCCCUAUUAUCAGCGGCAGCAGCAGCUACAGCAACAGCGUGACGGCACCGCAACAACGACGGCAUCCUCCUCGGCUUCUGUGUUGAGCCCGUCAAUUUCUAGUAGCACUAGCAAUAGGCUGAGUGGUCACCAGGAGGCAGCGGGCAUCUAUGGCUCCGGUGCUAAUAGCAGCAUGGCCUCCUCGCCCCUCGCCAACCCCACUACCGCUUCCAACAACACCUCUAGCACCACCUCUACUACCAACUCAGUAUUCAGAAGAUCGUUUGCUCCACCUACCAGAGAUGAGGAGACAGAAACUCAGAGGAAAGCGAGAGCGAAACACGCCCGGCAGACUCGUCGAUCAACACAGGGCGUGAGCCUGGAAGACAUUGAGAAGGCGGAGGAAUCGCUGAGGUCCAAUGAGCCGGCCAAGGUGCCCAAGGACAGCGUGGACGGCCCCGCCUCGUCGGCCCGCAGCAGCAGCAGCAUCAUCAGCAGCAGCAGCGCCUUGGACCGGGACAGCAACCACGUGCUCUCCAGCACAGGGGGCGUUCCCACCGCCAGCACGGCCACCACCACCUCCUCCAGCGUUUCGUCGGCCGUGCCCUCCGGGGACUCGUCGUCCUCCUCCUCCAGGGAGGACCGCUCCAUCAUGUCUGGAUACCGGCGGAGGGCCACCGAGGACAAGUCUGAUACGUCUUCAGCAGAUGCCCCACCCACCAGGAGUAGUUACAGACGGGCCCGAGAGGACAGAGAUCUCAAUUCCUCAUCAGGUCUCUCCAGUUCAGACCUUACCUCGAAUUACAUCCCUAGAAGUCAGAGAAACAGUGCCCUCCUAUCAGACCCCACCUCCGCAUCCUCAUCCUCUACUAGUCAAGGUCUUCUGAGGUCAACAUCGCUACGGUCUAGCCGGCUGCGGAAUGGGGACGCAGACAUCCCCCCAACUACACCCAGAGCCGAAGAGAAAGAUGAUGCCAAGAAGGAUGAUAGCAGUUCUCAGGGAGGCAAAGAAGAAAAGAAGGAGCUUACAGCAGUUCGAGCACGUAGGAACCGGAGAGAAAGACGGUCCACGGGGAUAGUCUAUGAUAAUGAAGGAAACGAGGAGAGUGUACUUGGCAAAGAUAACAAACCAGAGGAGGAUAAGCAAGAUGAUGCUCUUGGCUCCUCAAGGUUCAGUUCCCGAUACAGCUCAAAUUCAGACGUUCCAUCAUCUGACCGUUCCCAGCGACCUGUCUCAUACUCUGAAUUCUCCCGAUCUACAGGCUCCCUCGACCUAGACUACAAAAAGAAAUACGAGGAUGAAAAAAGUGAAAACGACAGAUUGCGGAAAGAACUGGAAGAGACGAAGAAAAAUCUGCUUGAGGCAAAGACAGAGUUAGACAAGGUUAUGAAACAGAAGGAUGCCGUCCGUAACACAGACCGGGACAAGAGAGCAUUAGAAAGGAAAUUGUCGGAGAUGGAGGAAGAACUCAAGAAAAUGGAAGUCCUCAAAGCAGACAAUCAGAGAUUGAAAGAUGAGAAUGGGGCUUUGAUUCGUGUGAUUAGCAAGCUGUCCAAGUAGCCUACCACAGGAUGCAGAGAGAUAGACUUUAUUCCCUUCUCAUACCCACUGUUUUACUUCUUUUUUAUAUAAUUUUUUUUAAAAAUUAAAUUAUUUUAAUUUUUUUUUUUUUGUUGUUGUUUCUUUAUUCUUUAAGGCUUUCAUUUUCCCCUCACCUUCCCUCCUUCCCAAGACCGCUCUUUCGUUGCAAUUGUCAUUUUGUCAUUUUGCUACGUUUAUACUCCUCCCCACCCCCAUUCAAGAUAACUUGACAACUGCUCUCCUCCCUCCCCCUACCCCCCACUUCUCCCUCCAGCCUAGCCCACCCACCACAUGCAAUCAAGACUGUAAUGUCGGAAACCCCUUUUUUCUGCUGACCUUUUCAUAUCAGUGCUUUUGUAUUCUUGAGGUUCAGUUUUCUGUUUUGUUUUGCUACUGGAUAAAUUGUACAUGAUUUCCUGAGUGUGUGUUGUAUUGGUCUUAGUAAUGGAAAAAGUUGAUGGAGCCGGCUGAAGUGCGUUCCAGUCACUUUGAUGACCUUUGUAGAUUUUAGCUCAUCGCUUUGUGUGAAAUAACCCAGUGGAUGUUGAGGAGAUCUUCACUUAUACUUAUAGGGCCCCCUUCAGAAUGAUUUUUCUUCCUUCUCAGCUACUGAUUGUAGAAUGUUCUUGUAGCAGGGGACGUACUUCCUAAUUAUGAGAGAAAUACAACAGUCUCCAUGAUAGUCCCAAGGAAAAGAUAAAAAGAGCUUUCGUUUCGAAAUGAUGGUAAUUUGUUGGUUUGGUCAUAACCUUUUGUGUCAGAACAUUUUUACGAUAAAAAAGCAACGACAGAAAAUGGCUGACGUGUGAACAAAAAACUUUUUCGGACAUGUUUGACGAAAAACAAAAAAGAAGGGGGGAAAAAUGAUGACGAAUUUAUACAUUUGGGAUAAUGUCUGAAUUUAUCUUUAGGUGAAACAUUUGAAGCGGGAAAACUUGUUUUCCUCAAUGUUUUAAAUGUAUUUGCAUUUCCACCUGUAGACUAGCAGGUCUUUCGGUGUUCUGUGAAAGUUCCCAUACCCCGGAUGUGUUGUCCUCUCCCUUGUAGCGGAAAUCUUGUAAUAAAAAAAACCCCUUUGUAAUAGCAAUUUGUUUGCCGCCACUAGUUACUGGUAAAGAUAACAAGUAUCGUGUAUACGGUACCAUGAGUUUUGUGACCUUUUUGUACCUGUGUGGUUGGAUUGUAUCUACUCUUCUAACAUGUUCAACUCCUACUCAAAUAUCUUUACUGUCACGUUUUCUCUCUCUCUCUCCAUUGUACAUGCGAUAGCAAUGUUCUGAACCACUGGAUAACAAUACUCUUUUAUUUGCUUAUGCUGACAAUUUCUUCUUUGACUGGCUGAAGGGCCAUUGGACUCUUUAGCUCAUUUUAUGAUUGUUAGAAUUUUUGACAUCCUAUUGCUUCAAGGAGUAAUGUCUGUUCUUUUUUUGUUAAUGGUCUUAUAGUUAAGAUUUCCGUGGAACCCGCUGAUAAUGUUAUAGUGCUUGUUUGCCGUUUACUAAAGUGUGGAAACCUCGAAGUCUUGUACUGGACUUGGUUUGGGUUAGUUGGAAGCCGGGCAGAGAGGAGCGUCUCCUCGCUUGUGCCUAGAUACUAACGCCUAAGGGGGCAUGCUGCUGCUGUUCACCCGGCAUAGACAGGACAGAAGUUCAGUUCCUACAUUGAGGAAGACAUUUAAUGAGAGCCUUUUCCUCUUACUGUUGGUAGGCAGAAUCCAAUAGUACCAGGUAUAGGGGUGUAAAAUAUUUCUUUCAGUGGAAAAGUGUCGAUUUACUGCCAAUCUUAAAAAAUAAUGUAGGCAGUGAUCAGGGAAUAUUCCACAACUACAGCGUCUUCUUUUGAAAUGCUGAAUAAUUAUCUAAUGUAGAUGUUUACAGUUUUGUGGAAGCAUAUAUUACAGCUCCUGUAAAAAGAAUUUCAACAAGGUUUUUUUUUCCUUCUCCGUGUUUCAUGCAUAGUCUGCUUUCACAAGAAGAGCGACUCUACAUGCGUUGUUUUUUUUUCUCAGAUCUAGCUACAAGGUAAAGGGGUAGGAUGUCGGCCCAGCUGCUGGGAACUUGGCAAUGAAUUCUGCUCAUGUCUGUGGGAACUUAAAGGAACAUUGAAAGUGCUGUGUACUUUUGAAGCAGUUAGGCGAGCUGUGCCUCUGGGCUGGGCCAGCUCUUGACGGGUUUAUACCGGACUCUUUUGUAUCUUUUUCUUCCAUUGCAUGUGGAGGGAGCGAGUUGGCCACUGAAUUGGAGGUUUAUAGCUUCCCACUAUUUUUUUUUUCUUUUCUGUAUUUUUUAAAUAAUAAAUCAUCUCUAAACA